AUGUCCUACUCAUCAACUCUAUCUGAAAAGCUCCCGGAGCCAGUCGUUCGGCCAGUCAGCUCUUCUCUGUCCGACUACGAUGCCGAUCUCUCCUCGUCCAGCCAUACCGAAUUCCCCGAGAUCGAAGACCGAGAGAAACAUGCCGGGAUCCAGGAUGACGAGAAAGGCAAGGAUAGGGCGAUUCCGGGCCUUCGAUUCAUCAUCUGGACGGUAAUCAACGUGGCCUCGACUGUUGCCAUAGUCUUCACCAACAAGUACAUCUUAUCCGAUGCCUCAUUCCGCAACUGCCAGGUUGCGUUUGCGGCCUAUCAUUUCUUUAUCACGGGAGCCACGCUAUGGGCGAUUUCUCGCCCCCAGUUGGGCGUCUUCGUGCCGAAGCCGGUGCCUCUGCUGUCGAUCAUCCCCUUGGCCGCCGCAAUGUGUGUCCAGGUCAUCCUACAGAACCUCUCCCUCGCCUAUUCGUCCAUCCUGUUCCACCAGCUGGCGAGAUUGCUCCUCACCCCCGUGGUCGCGUUGUUGAACUACAUGCUCUACAGCACGACAAUCCCGCGGACGGCCAUCUCGCCCCUGAUUCUGCUGUGCUCCGGUGUGGCGAUCGUCUCGUACUAUGAUACUCUGGGGGCAACGGCCGACAGCAGCGCUGCGACCUCCGGCAGCGCAAGCAACUCCUCCUGGGGCACGGUCUUUGCGCUUGGCGGGGUCGUUGCCAGCUCGAUCUACAUGGUGUGGAUUGGACGAUACCAUAAGAAGCUGCAUCUGAACAGCAUGCAGUUACUGCUCAACCAGGCACCCAUCAGCACGGGGCUGCUGCUGCUCGCCGUGCCCUGGACCCAGACGCCUCCUCUGGGAGCCGUUCCGGCCUCGAUGUGGAUUCUGAUUCUGACGAGCGGCAUCCUGGCCUCGCUGGUCAAUCUCUCGCAGUUUUAUAUCAUCGACCUGGCCGGCCCGAUCAGCGGUACGGUGGUUGGCCAGCUCAAGACGUGCAUCAUUGUUGGACUGGGGUGGGCAUUCAGCACCCAGCCGGUGUAUGUGGAGAGCAUUGUUGGCAUUGGCCUUGCGCUGGUGGGCAUGAGCAUGACCAGAAAUGAGGGCCUCGAUCGGGACUAG